AGGCGAGCUUGGGCGGCCGCACAGUGGGAGGAUUGUCUGCUUCAGGAAAAGAGGCUGGGGAGGGCGGUAGUAGUAGCAGCAGUGGCAAAUCCGACUGGAGGGAAAACUGCCUUAUCUCUCUCUCUCUCUCUCUCUCUCUCUCUGUCUCGCUCUCUCUUCCACUGAACAGAGCAGGCUUCUCUACACUCGGCUGCUUCCCAUGCAACCAACAGCAUCCGCUAGGAGCCGGGGGCAAAGUACAUGACUUUCUAGUCCAGGGAGAGUGACUCCAUGUUUCUUUCAGAGGUGGAUUACAGAUUGAAAAGCCAUUCAGAACUGUGUUAAAGGCGGGGAGGCCCAUGUGCAGCGAUGGAGGAGGGAUACGAGCUUGACCUGACCUACAUCACGGAGCGCAUCAUCGCUGUGUCCUUCCCCCACACCUGCACUGAGGAGAGCUACCUGCGCAACCUGCAGGAUGUCUUACGCAUGCUUCGCUCCAAACACGGAGACAAUUACCUGGUCAUCAACCUUUCAGAAAAAAGAUAUGAACUCAGCAAAAUGAACCCCAAGACCAUGGACACGGGCUGGCCUGACCUCCAUGCCCCCCCACUGGACAAGAUGUGCACCAUCUGUAAGGCCAUGGAGACCUGGCUCAAUGCCAACCCCCAGCACGUGGUGGUCAUCCAUUGCCGGGGUGGAAAGGGCAGAAUUGGAGUGAUCAUCUCAUCCUAUGUGCACUUCACCAACAUUUCAGCCAGCGCUGACCAGGCCCUGGACCGCUUUGCCAUGCGGAGGUACCACGACGACAAAGUCUCUGCCCUGAUGACCCCGUCACAGAAGCGCUACGUGUGGAUCCUGAACAGUCUGCUGACUGGAUGCAUGAAAAUGAACACGUCGCUUGUUUUCUUGCACCACGUUGUUCUCCACGGCAUCCCCAACUUUGACAUAGGAGGAGUGUGUCAGCCAUAUUUGAAGGUGUACCAGGGAAUGCAGGCUGUGUACACGUCAGGAAUAUAUCAAAUCAGCCCAGGAUUCAAAGGCAAGAUCUAUAUAACCCUGGAACCAGCCCAGCUGCUAAAGGGGGAUAUUAUGAUCAAAUGUUACCACAAGAGUACCCACGCUCCGGGCCGGGAGGUGAUGUUCCGUGUCCAGUUCCACACGGGCAUCAUCCACGGGUGCCAGUUGACGUUUGACAAGGAGGACCUGGAGCAUGCCAAUAAAGAUCCCAGGUUUCCUGAUUAUGGAAAGAUUGAGCUGCUUUUCUCAGAAAGCCCCGAGAAGUUGCAAGGUGGCGAGUGCUGGCAGAACGGGCCUGAGGUGACAGUGGACUACAACACGGGGGACCCCAUGGUCCGCUGGGACUCCUAUGAGAACCUGGCCACUGAUUGGGACGCUCAAUUCGUCCUCUUUCCCUUUCUCUGUGACUGCUUCUCUCUCUCUCUCUCUCUCUCUCUCGCACUGUGGGAGAUCAGGUUACGGCCCACCUUUCUGCCCGCCCACCCUACCUCCCCCCCCCAGCUAAGUCCUGCCCUUGUGUUUACAUUCCCACUCCCAUAUUUGGCCAAACCAAGGUCUGGUGUAUACUGCACAAACACUUACCUUCUUCAGAGAGAGAGCGGGGCUCCAGCAAGCUGGGCUUCUCUCAUGCUAAACUGGCAAUCGCUAGUGUGCCCCCGCUCCCCCUCCCUGAAACAUAGUCACUGGGAGUUGAGAGCAGAGAGGAGUAGAAGCAGAAGCGUUACCUGCACCUGGCUGCAAGUAGUGCAUGCACAGGGGCCUGUAGACGGCAGCCUAUACGCCAAGGUGAGGAAGAAGAGCACGGACGGGGCCCCACCUGGGGGCCCCACGACUGGUAGCCUCGAGCACAGUGACCACGCCUUGUCGGCCAGCAGCGACUCUGGCCUGUCCAGCACAUCGCUGCGCAUAGGUCGUGGACCCAGCCACCAGGAGAGGGCUGCGUUGCAUCGCCUGCUCAGCGGCUUUGGCCUGGAGCCUCCAGCAACCCCUGGGGACAUGGUGGAGCAGCAGGGGGCAGGGGUGCCCAAUACAGGCGGCGUGGGGGGUACUCGAAGAGUAGCAGCAGCUCAUGUGCACGCCAACGGCGAACGGGAGACGGACAUCCUGGACGAUGAGGCGCCCACUCAUGACCUCCACAGCGCCGACAGCAUUGGCACACUUUCCUCGUCCGAGGGGCCGCACUCGCACCCACUUGCCCGCUGUGCCUGUCAUCAGAGCAGCCAGAACUCUCUGCUGUCUGAUGGAUUUGGUGGUCAUGUCCCCAUGAGCUUUGUACCAGAUGACUAUGAGCGUGGUUACCCGUCUCCUGGGGGCGGCCCCCUGCCUCAGGGGGCCACGUCAGGACCACAAGCUUUCAUGGUGGGUGGGUACUCCACACAGACGUGGGUGAGACAGCAGCAGAUGGUGGCCGCCCAACAGUACAGCUACCCCUUGGCUGACAGCGAGGUGCGUUACCCUCACGACAAACCGGGUUCUGCUUUGACCGCCCAUGUGGCCCCCGAGGGCAGUGGGGGCCACAACUCAGCUGAGAACCCUGCUGACAGGGAGCCGGGGGGCUCUAAUGGCCUGGAUACCGCUGCAGCAACCCAGGACGAUGAGCUGGCCUCGCUCACCGUGGACAUCGAUCAGUCCAUUGACCAACUCAACCAAUUAAUCAUGGACCUGGACCCCACAUUCGUGCCCAUACCCACGCAGUCUAACUCAAUCAGGAGAGAUGGGAAGAGCCACUUCAAUGGCUCUGAGUCGCUGUGUGCCAAUGGAGGUGGCCGCAGGCCAGCAGAGAGCCAGAAGGACAUGCAGCCAACAUCGUACCCAACAGCUGGACGUACCUGUGAUGGGCAAAGUGACCAGCUCCUGGGUCCAACUCGAAUGGGCAGAGAUGUCGUGGACCACCAGGACCUUCAAAGCUCGGGAUGGGGUUUGGGUGACCGAUUCCAGGACCCGGCAUUACAAACCCCAGAACUGCUAUCCCCCGAAAGUUCUAUCCUCUACACACCCAGCAGCAUGGAAUAUGGCAGUCGGAGUGAGCAGUUGGUUCCCCGGGUGGAGGCAGUUGCUGAGAUGGUUCCGGCUACCCCCGCUUUUCCCGUGUCCCCCCCGACUCCUUACGUGAAGAGCCUGAUGGAUUUCCAGAGGAGGGCUUGUGGACAGCCUGCAGGGCAGUAUGACGUCUACCGGAUCCCACAGAAUGUCUUCCCCAAUCACACAGCCAUCACAGUCCUGAAAGACAAGGAUCCCGGAUCCUUCAUUGUCCGUGACAGCCACUCCUUCCGGGGGGCAUACGGCCUGGCCAUGAAGGUGGCCACACCCCCACCCUCUGUCCUCCAGCAGAGCAAGAAAGUAGGAGACCUCUCCAAUGAGCUGGUCAGGCACUUCCUGAUCGAAUGCACGCAGAAGGGGGUCCGCUUGAAGGGUUGUCCCAAUGAACCCUACUUUGGCAGCCUCACGGCACUGGUGUGCCAGCACUCAAUAACUCCACUGGCUCUGCCCUGCAGGCUCAUCAUACCCGACAAAGACCCCCUGGAGGACAUCGGCGACUCGUCUGCACAGACGGCCACAAACUCUGCGGUGGAGCUGCUGAAGCAGGGAGCAGCCUGCAAUGUGUGGUUCCUUGGCUCGGUGGAGAUGGAAUCCCUGACUGGCUACCAGGCGGUCCAGAAGGCCACUAGCAUGACCCUGAGCAUGGAGCCACCACCCACCUCCACUGUGGUCCACUUCAAGGUGUCCGCUCAAGGCAUCACCCUAACAGACAAUCAGAGGAAGCUCUUCUUCAGGAGGCAUUACACAGUCAACACGGUCAUAUUCUGCUCUUUAGACCCACAGAACAGGAGGUGGACCAGAGACGGCAUAACCUCUGCAAAGAUCUUCGGCUUCGUGGCCCGGAAGACGGGCAGCAGCACCGAGAACGUUUGCCACGUGUUUGCCGAGCAUGACCCGGAACAGCCAGCCAGUGCCAUCGUCAACUUCGUCUCCAAGGUGAUGAUCGGCUCCCAGAAGAGCAAGUAGAUCCAGGCCCAGCCACGACCCCCCCACCCACCCCGCACUUUGGGCUUUGUCGACCACCUGCAAUGGUGACACCCCCACAAAUAAAAAAGACAGCUUUUGAGGGACCACGAGAGGAACCUGGUUGUAUUAUGACAUCACUAUAAAGGGAUAUAUUUAAAAGACAGAGAAUAUAAUUCAAAGUAUGUAUUUAUUAUUUUUAUCUGUACCACUGUAUACCAUGCCUCACACCUUCUGUCACGUCUCUUUUUGACGUAAUUGUAUUAAUAUUGUCUUUUUAAAAAACUGGACCCUGUUACACCCCUUAGCUCGCUCUCAGACAGGUUUGUGCCUCCAAUACCACUGCCCUUUCCCGUGUGAAUUUCUAAGCCGCACCUUCCCUCUCUUUUUAAGGGUGUAAAAACUUGUGUGUGUGUGUGUGUUGUGUGUGUGUGAUCGGUCGACAGUUGUAGCUCUGGUUUGCCGUCUUCCCGGUGUCCUGUCGUUGCAGCCGUUAUGCCCGUUUUUAUAACCGAUUCCCGCACGGUUUGCCCGUUACGAACAACCCCUCCCGAACCAGGCCGGGCUUCUCGUCUCUGUCCCUUUUCGGAAUCGGUGCGUAGGACUUAGGCCUACAUGGUUACCGUUGUGAUUGCUGUCUCUUUAAAUCAAAUUACACAUGCUAAUUAACCAUUAUUUUGCUAUAUAAUAUGUGCAUAGAGGAAGUACAUAUAUUUGUCUCCGUAAUCACGUUCUCUUGUUUGAAUACAAUAAUUGGUUAUUGAGGCGAAUUACUUACUCAGAUCAGAUAUUUAUAUCAAGUGUCAGAUUGUAAAACUAAUUCUCAGACAUUCGUCACUCUUAACUACCAUUUGUCUUUUGAUGCCUUCUUGUAUUUUUCACGAGUGAAAUUUUUAACACGAACCCUCUUUUCAUCCGGUCACGUAAUCGUACAAUUGUUCUCAAAUAGAAAUCAAAUGUCCAAUAAGAUGAGAUAUUAUAAUGUUAUAGGUAAAUAAGCAUUUUUAUCUCUUUGAUACAUUAGUGACUGUUUGCUGCGUUCCAAAUAGUAUAUAUCCUUUUCAACAUACCCUUUGUGUCGAAUAAAAAAGUUUUAAAUGUAUUCAAUUCUCAGAUAUAUUUUAUUACACAGAUUUGUAUUUAGUGCCAGCUUCCUCCAUUGAGGAGUUAUACUGACCCUGAUUAAAUGUAAAUUAAUUUAUGGUUAGCUGUUUUGUAAGCUGAAGAAGUCUGUAAAUAAACGACAAAUGAAAGUUUUGCCAUUUAAAUCACUCCCAAUUCUAUUUUUCUGCUUCGUAUUAAUGAUACUGAGAUUUUUCAUCCUUAAAUUACUAUACAUUUACAUAAACACAAUGUAUAAUCUUUGCGGGUUUAAAACCUGUAACAUUUGACCAUUUGAGGAGAAACAACCUUCGCAAGCAGAACUCCUUUAGGUUUCUUGCAAAACUGUUAAAAAUACGAUACUCCUUUAUAUAUAUUCUGCUGCAUAUUAAAAUAACGAAAAACUAGGAAAAUGACGCAGUGAUAUUUUUGAUAUACUUUUCUAAGAACCUUGGUAAAACAACUUAUGCCCAUACAGAUGGAGUAUGAACUGUUUUGUUCAAAGCGAUAACCUUUCCCUGUGGAUACUUGUCUAUGUUGUUGGUUGAGUCUUCUGCAUCACAUAAUAUAUAAAAAGUGUCUGUAAAAUGUUGUAUUUCUUCCUGUAAAUUUAUGUUGUAUAGACAUUCCUAUACCUUGACAUAUUCUACAAAUGACAAUAAAGCGUAUUAAUGACA